AUGGGAAACUCUCAAAGCGCCCAUAAAAUCUCGGCGCAGGACAGGGCUAUUCUGGACAUGAAAAACCAGCGGGACAAACUGCGCCAAUACCAGAAACGAAUCACCAUCAUCACCACGCGCGAGACCGAGAUCGCAAAGGAGUGCCUGGUCAAGGGCGACAAGGCCAAAGCCCUCCUCGCCCUGCGCCGGAAGAAGUACCAAGAGUCGCUCCUCUCCAAGACGGACGCGCAGCUGGAGCAGUUGGAGAAACUGACCAGCAGCGUCGAGUUUGCGCUGGUGCAAAAGGACGUGCUGUUUGGCUUGCAACAGGGGACACAGGUCUUGAACAUGAUCCACAAGGAGAUGGGCGGAUUGGAAGGCGUGGAGAAGAUGAUGGGUGAGACAGAGGAGGCGAGACGCUAUCAGCAGGAGAUCAGCGAGGCGUUGGCGGGCCAGAUGUCGAAUGAGGAUGAAGACGAGGUGGAAGAUGAGUUGGAGGCUAUGGAAAGGGAGGUUGUCGGCCUCCCUGAUGCUCCAAACAAGACGAUAAUGGGCGAGGGAACUCUACCAGAAGUGCCCAAGACGGAGCUGGAAUUGGAACAGGAGAGAAUACACAAGCAGAAAGAAAGGGCCCGGCAGAGAAGAAUGGCCUUGGAGGCUUCAUGA